AAUUAAUGCAAGUGCUUACAUAUUUUAUACCUUUAAAAGGAUAGUCAGGUAGGUACUGAUAAAGACAAGCACAGAUGCAACAGGCCCUCCCACCCCUGCAAUCGAUAAUGGAACGCCCGCUCACUUAAAAGCUCGUGACAACAUUAACGCCCUUCAACUCUUUCGCCGUCUCUAACUAAUAACGCACACAUGCUCAACAAACUCGGCCGAUCAAUCACUAAAAGAACCAGGCUGCCCUGAGAAGGCAUCUGCCUGACCAUCGCGCUCUUCCAUCAAUCCUCGGUAUUGCUAGACAAUGCGCGCUUCGCAUCUCGGAGCAGAUUCCAGGGCACGGCGAACAUGGGUAAUAAUUCGAGCCGAGUGACGGCCCAGGAUAAGGCAAUCCUCGACCUCAAAUUACAGCGAGAUAAAUUGCACCAGUACCAGCGGCGCAUCACGGUACUAACCGAUAAGGAGACCGCCGUGGCGCGACAGAUGCUAGCAGCUGGUGACAAGAAGCGCGCCUUGCUAGCUCUGCGCCGCAAGAAAUACCAGGAGUCCCUGCUCGAGAAGACGGACGCACAGCUUGCGCAGCUGGAACAGCUAACCCGCAACGUCGAGUUCGCCCUCAUUCAGAAAGACGUCGUGUUCGGCCUGGAGCAGGGUACCAAGGUGCUCCGCGAUAUCCACGCCGAGAUGGGCGGCAUCGAGCACGUCGAGAAGCUUAUGGGCGAUACAGCAGAUGCGAUUGCUUACCAGAAGGAGGUGAGCGAGAUGCUAGGCGGCAGAAUUACAAACCAAGACGAGGAUGAAGUCGAAGACGAGUUAGCUGCCCUCGAACAGGAAGUUAAUGGACCCGCGAAACUACCUAACGUUCCGGAUACUAAGAUCCCUCCGUUGGAAGUUAAAGAACCACAACAAGUGACGGCACAGGAGCAAGAAGCGGGACAGGAACCGGAAAGGAGAGCUAUGCUUACUGCAUAACAUUGGCGCGAACAGUCGGAAUAUUAAGAAGCCGCCAGUAAUUACGACAUUGGCGAAUGGUUACAUAAUGAAUUACUGCUUGGAAACUAGAAGAAGAAAAAAUGCGUUCUUGGGUUUGGAUAUCUACACAAAGACACCGGUCCUCUUUUUUUUUAUUUUUUUAUUUUUUUAGUAGUAACACUGACCUCAACGCUUCUUGCUAGUCAGCGCAGGUAAGCAUUCUGCCAGAGUUGGGGAAGAAGGUACCUAGGCGUAGAUGGUGCUUUAGGUUAGAUAGUAUCGUGAACACAAACUGUUGGGGGGUAUUGGCCGUGUAAUGCACAAAUAAAGUAACACGGCUUCACUAAUGCUUUUGUGACCUAAUUCAUCCUGUUGCCGGUACUAUUAUAGCUUAUUAUAGCGGGCCUACUAGCCUAGGUAUUAGAUUGCCAAAAUGCUGACAGCAAUUCAAAUAAUUCAAACAAACCUCAUUGGUCAAUGGCCCGUUACCCACUCAACUACGCACAAUUCUUGUAAAUCCCAGCGUGCAACUACGUCAUGAGGAAUGAUCACAGCUCUACGCAAAACCAUGGCAACAAUGACAUUCCCGCACGAAAAA